CAGUGGGAAAAUAAAAUACGAAACAGAGGGUGAAAGAUUGCGAGACUAAGCGGAAAAUAAAUAAAUGUGAAGAAGGGCAACCAAGGAUCUACAAAUUUGUUUAGCAUUCUACUCCUACUACUUCAGUCUCUGCGAUCAUUUUCAGAGUCCUCACCAAAUCAGGGUGAUUGGUACUCCGUUUGAUCCUUGCUGCCUUUUACUUGGUGCUUGUUGCUUCUUAUCUCCCAGUAAUCAAGAUGGUUGUUCUUGCUGCUUCAGUUGUAAGCAAGUCUGGAAAAGUACUUGUUUCCAGGCAAUUUGUGGAUAUGUCUCGCAUCCGAAUUGAAGGUCUUCUGGCUGCUUUCCCAAAGUUGGUGGGUACUGGAAAACAACAUACAUAUGUCGAGACAGAAAAUGUUCGCUAUGUUUACCAGCCUAUUGAAGCUUUAUACUUGCUACUAGUAACAAACAAACAGAGCAACAUUCUGGAAGAUUUAGACACUCUACGAACGCUUUCUAAGCUUGUACCUGAAUAUUCUAUGUCCCUAGAUGAAGAGGGCAUAUGCAAGACGGCUUUUGAGCUGAUUUUCGCUUUUGAUGAAGUCAUCGCUCUUGGGCACAAAGAAAAUGUGACUGUUGCACAGGUUAAGCAGUACUGUGAGAUGGAGAGUCAUGAAGAGAAGCUGCACAAGCUGGUAAUGCAGAGCAAGAUAAAUGAAACCAAGGAUGUCAUGAAACGCAAAGCGAGUGAGAUCGACAAAAGCAAGAUUGAAAAGAAUAGAGGUGAUAAGGGAGGAUUUAUGUCUUUACAAUCAAUGGGCUCUGGAAGAAUUGAUAGUAGCUUUAAUGACUUGAGCAUAUCUAGUACUGGAAGUGGUUUUGGAAGUGGUUCCAACUUUGGAUUGAGCACUGAAGUUGACUCAUUUUCUACUAAGUCAAAAGGUCGUGCACCUUCAGCUGCGACUGCUCCUCCUAAAGGUCUUGGCAUGCAGUUGGGUAAGUCACAAAGGACUAACCAGUUCUUGGAGUCUCUGAAAGCGGAAGGGGAAGUAAUCCUUGAAGAUGUGCAGCCUAAAGCAGGACAGUCUAGAUCAGCUGCCCCACCUCCAACUGAUCCUGUUACCUUGACUGUUGAGGAGAAACUCAAUGUUACACUUAAACGUGAUGGCGGAGUCGGUAACUUUGAUGUUCAGGGAACCUUAUCAUUGCAAAUUCUUAACCAAGAAGAUGCACAUAUCCAAGUCCAGAUUGAAACUGGUGGCAAUCCAAGCAUCCUUUUCAAAACACACCCCAACAUGAAUAAAGAAUUAUUUUCCAAUGAAAAUAUUCUUGGCCUGAAGGAUCCUAAUAGGCCUUUUCCGACUGGUCAAACUGGUGAUGCAUCAGGUGUUGGUCUUUUGAAGUGGAGAAUGCAAAGUACAGAUGAGGCAAUGGUUCCGUUGACAAUCAACUGCUGGCCAUCUGUUUCUGGUAGUGAAACUUACGUCAGCAUUGAAUAUGAAGCUUCAGCAAUGUUUGAUCUGCGAAAUGUUGUGGUCUCAGUACCUCUUCCAGCACUCCGUGAGGCUCCAGGUGUAAGGCAGAUUGAUGGUGAAUGGAGAUAUGACUCAAGGAAUUCCAUCUUGGAAUGGUCUAUACUUCUUAUUGAUAACUCAAACCGCAGUGGAUCGAUGGAGUUUGUUGUUCCUGCAGCUGAUUCAUCUAUAUUUUUCCCAAUUUCUGUGCGGUUCUCUGCUACCAAUACAUUCAGUGAUCUCAAGGUUGUGAACAUCCUCCCGCUCAGAGGUGGAACUCCUCCCAAGUUUUCUCAAAGAACGCAGUUGGUUACAGAGAAUUACCAAGUGGUGUGAGUGUAGCUCGGUUAACUCUUUUUGGAUAUGGCAUAAUGUAUUAGACAAAAUGUUUUUGAUUUUUUCAUUGUUUACAAUUAUACAACUUGAAAGUGAUGACGCCGGAUGUUAUUUUCGAAACUUCGAACUCGAUCAAUACUUGUACCUACAUUUCUCGAGUAUGCUUAUCAUUUGAUUAUUGUGUAAGUUUCCCUUUUAUGAUGAAUAGGUUAAAUCAUUGGGCAUUGUGCCCUUGGGCGUU